AUGUCCGACACCAAAUCCCCCGCCGACAGCGAAGCCGGCGAAAUUCCCGAUGGCCUCCCCUCCACCAUCGCCGACGGCAGCACCCCCCUCGACAAAGCCGACAUGUACCGCAUGGGUAAAACCCCCCAACUCCACCGCAACUUCCGCUUCUUCUCCAUCUUCGGCUUCACCAUGGUCCUCAUGCAAACCUGGGAAACAGAACUCAACGUCAGCGUCUUCGGCCUCGUCAACGGCGGCACCGGCGGCGUGAUCUGGGUCUACUUUGGCGCCUUCCUCGGUCUCUUCUUCGCCAUCCUCACCAUGGCAGAAAUGGCCUCCAUGGCGCCCACAACAGGAGGACAGUACCACUGGGUCAGCGAGUUUGCCCCGCGAUCCUCGCAGCGUUUCCUCAGUUUCAUUGUCGGUUGGUUAAGCGUGCUAGGCUGGCAGGUCGGCAACCCGGCGAUUUGUUUCCUUCUGGCGCAGCAGAUCCAGGGGUUGGUUAUUCUCAACCACCCUUCGUAUGUUCCUGAGCGGUGGCAUCUCACGCUGCUGGUCAUCGCCAUUUUGACCGUCUGCAUGGUUCUCAACACCCUCCUCUACCGCGCCCUACCGCUGUUGGAAACUCUCGCUCUUGUGCUGCACACGGCCGGCUUUCUCGCAGUACUGAUUCCCCUGUGGACAAUGGGUCCAAAACUGCAAUCCGCUCACGACGUCUUCUUCACCUUUGCCGACGGGGGAGGAUGGGGAAACACCGGGCUUUCCUGCCUGGUGGGGAUUCUCUCCCCUAUAUUCAGUCUCCUUGGGCCGGACUCAGCUACGCACAUGGCGGAGGAGCUGCAGGAUGCGAGUAAAUCCCUCCCGCGGGCCAUGAUAGCCACAGCACUUCUUAACGGCGUGUCAGGGUUCGUCAUGAUGGUUACCUAUUGCAUGGUUCUCGGGGAUUUGGAGAGUGUGCUACAGACCCCAACAAUGAUGCCGUUCAUCCAGGUGUUUUACAACGCCGUGGGGAGUUACGGCGGUGUGACGGCGAUGACGUGUAUCAUGAUAAUCAUGGCCUCGUGCGGGGUUGUGAAUAACAUUGCGACGAGCAGUCGGCAGCUGUGGGCGUUUGCGAGGGACAGGGGCGUACCGUUCUCGGGGUGGUUUGCCAAGGUGCAUCCGCGGUUAGGGCUGCCGCUGAAUGCGCUGGGGGCGUCGUAUGUGUUUGCUGUGUUGUUGUCGUUGAUCAAUAUAGGGAGCACCGUGGUAAGCUUUCCCGUGUCCUGGGCCUGGUCGGAGGGGGGCACUACUGACCUGGAUGAUAGGCGUUCAACAUCCUCACCAGUCUUGGGGUGGGUGCGUUGCUUUCGUCGUAUGCUAUCUCGUGUGGCUGCAUCGCGGUGA